AUGAGGGCCAUUGGAGGUAUUACGGCAGUGUUUGCCCUCAAGUGGUCUGCUGCCGUCCACGCUCUCUACCAAGACGGCUCGAGUUUCACCCCGUGUGACUCGCCUCUGUACUGCCGCGGGGAUAUUCUUCGGCAAAUCGAGCUUGCCCGACCGUUCUCUGACUCGAAGACCUUCGUAGACCUACCAACAAAGGCGCCCCUAGACGAUGUCAUCGCGGCCUUUGACAAGCUUACGAAGCCGCUCAAUAAUGGCACUGAGCUUGCCGAAUUUCUGUCCGCCUACUUUGGGGAAGCCGGGUCCGAGCUCGCCGCGGUCCCUAGGGAUCAGCUAGCAACCGACCCCGUCUUCUUAGACAAGGUCGAAGACAACGUUAUCAAGCAGUUCGUUCAUAAGGUUAUAGACAUUUGGCCCGCGUUAACCCGGACAUAUGUGGGUGCUGCUGACUGCGCAGGUUGCGUCGAUAGCUUCAUCCCAGUCAACCGUACCUUCGUUGUCGCCGGCGGACGAUUCAGGGAGCCCUACUACUGGGACUCCUUCUGGAUCGUGGAGGGUCUAUUGAGAACCGGCGGCAGCUUUACUGAGAUCUCUAGGAACAUUAUCGAGAAUUUCCUCGAUUUCGUGGACGAGUUUGGGUUUGUGCCUAACGGCGCACACUAUCUCAAUCGCUCCCAGCCGCCGCUUCUAACGCAGAUGAUCAAGGUCUACGUUGACUACACCAACGACACGAGCAUCUUGGAGCGUGCGCUGCCUCUACUCAUCAAGGAGCACAAUUUUUGGAUAGAGAACCGAACGGUAGCCAUCACAUCGGGUGAAAAGACGUUCAAUUUAGCACGCUAUGGCGUCCAAAAUACUGAACCACGGCCGGAGUCGUAUCGCGAAGACUACGUUACUGCAAACAACAGGUCAUAUUAUGCAACAUCCGGUAUUAUCUACCCCGAAACCAAGCCAUUAGAUGAGGAUGAGAAAGCUACUCUCUACGGCAAUCUGGCAUCGGGAGCCGAAUCGGGAUGGGAUUAUAGCUCGCGCUGGGUCGCGACGCCAUCCGAUGCAGCAGAUGAUGUCUACUUCCCGUUACGCUCUCUCAAUACAUACAGUAUAAUUGGCGUAGACCUAAACUCGAUACUAUACGCCAAUGAAGUCGUUAUAGCAGGCUACCUACGAGAGAGCGGUGAUGAUGCGCUAGCUGCAGAGUUUGAGCAGACGGCCAGGAAUCGCUCGGCGGCGAUGUACGAGCUAAUGUGGAACAGCAAAUACAACAGCUAUUUUGAUUACAAUUUAACAUCGGCGUCGCAGAACAUAUACGUACCGUUAGACGAGGAUUCCACGCCAACGCAAAGAAGUGAUGCUCCGGAGGGCUAUCAAGUAUUCCUUCAUGCCGCUCAGUUCUACCCGUUCUGGCUAGGAGCCGCCCCUGCACAACUCAAAGACAACCCUCUAGCCGUGAAGCUUGCCUUCCAGCGUAUAGCAGAUCUCCUUUCCGAAAAGGCGGGUGGUAUCGCUGCCACGAAUUUCGUGACGGGCCAGCAGUGGGAUCAACCAAACGUAUGGCCUCCCCUGAUGUACGUCUUGAUGAAAGGGCUCCUCCAGACACCGCAAACUUUUGGUUCGGGCGAUCCGGCCUACAUCGAGACGCAAGACCUCGCCCUCGCGUUAGCACAACGGUAUUUGGACAGUACGUUCUGCACGUGGCGCGCCACUGGCGGCUUUACCGACGAGGCUCCCCAGCUAGGGGGUUUCGGCCCGGAAGACAUUGGAAUCAUGUUCGAAAAAUGCUCGACAAACGUCGCUGGCGGAGGGGGCGAGUAUGAGGUCGUCGAGGGAUUUGGUUGGACGAAUGGCGUCUUGAUCUGGGCAGUCGACACGUUUGCCAACAAGUUAAGGAGGCCAGAAUGUGGGAACUUUACCGUGGCGAGUGUUGGCCAGGAAAAUGGUAAAAGAAGCAGCAUCAGCCAAAGAGCUGUUGAGCUAUCGCCUAUCGAUUCCCGGUGGAUAGCGAGGUUUGGCUAG